AUGCCAAAUCGUUGUGUAGUUUGGGGCUGUAGCAACACGCCGAACCCUAAAGAAGGAAUAUUUCUGUUUACUGUGCCGUUUUUCGGCGACGAUCGUCCCGAAGCUAAAGGACGCCGAAGGAACUGGGUGAAGUUCAUCGCAACGAAGAGGAAAAACUUUAACCCAUCCAAAGGAUCCUCAGUGUGCUCUGAUCACUUCAAGCCCGAGGAUUUCUCAAUCCGAUUCACACAACUGAUACCCGGUCAAAAACCCUUGAUCSCUCGUUUAUUGCGUGAUGAAGUUGGCGUUUGUGUAUGCCCAAGCAUUAUACAAGCUACAAAGUUGGACGAAGGUGAUAGCGAUCGCAAAAGACGAAAGACAAUAAAAACUGCGAUGAAAGAAUAUGAAAGUCAGCGACUAGACGCUUCAACUUCAAGUGCAAAYAGCUUGGAGYAUUCAACUCCAGAAGUAGACAUACAUGUACAGCAACUAGAAGACCACGAUCAAGUACAACAGACCAUAGAAGAGUCUUCRGAARUUUUAGAACAGCACGAAGUCCCUGAUUCCACGCCAACAUCUCAUAAUCAACCCCAAAGUCAAGAACAAAUUGUARGAAUMAAAGUAUGA